AUGCCUCAUCGUGGGACCAACAUGGCAUUGAAUUCCUUCUCCUCCGGCAAGAGCGCCACCUUGGCCGAGCGGAGUCCGGUGACGCCCGAGGAAUUCCGCACAAUUUUAUUUGUCUUUGCCGGAAUCCCCGCUUUAAUUGUGGCGCUGGGUGUCAUGGUGAGAAUGGGCGUUUGUCAGCGAUGUGCCGAGUAUUGUGAUCGGAGAAAGCGAAGGAAGGAGAUGAGGAGAAAUCUGGAGGAGAGAAUGGAGUGA